UGAGAGAGAGAGAGGAGGGGGGGAGAAGGAAAUCCCACCAAAACAAACUUUGGGAGUUUGGCGGAGUGUAUUUUUGUCUGAGUGUAUUGUCCGUCCCUCUAGUCCCCCGGGGCCGGGAGAGAUGGGCAGGGGAGCCGGGCCGGGUUUGGUUGCGAAGUGAUUGCGGUCGGUUGAGUCCCGGGGGUAGGUAGGGAGGUGGGGAGGGAGAGCCCUCGGGGCCGGGAAGCGAACCCCCGGGAGCCGGCGGCUGGUCGCUCGCUCUGGAGCCGGGAUCACGAUGCGCAGGAAGGGGAGGCCGAGAGGAGAGGAGAGGCUCCCGCUGCCGGCGCUGAGCCACUGACCAGGGGAGGGCCUGGGCGACCUCCUCAUACUGUCCCCCUCCUCCCCAAAGCGCUCCCCCUUCCCUCCCGGUGCACCUCCUCCCUCCAGACCCCCAGCUUUUUUGACUCUAUUUCCUUUUCACAAACUCUUUUCCCGAUCCCUUUCUCCCCGGUGAAGGAGGGGAGGGAGGGAGGGAGGGGGGUCAUGGCGAUGGCCUCCAGCGACUGGGGAGAAUCCCGGGACGAACCCAAACUGUACCCCCACAACGGGGGCGGGGGCGGCGAGGAAUCCUCCGAGAGCCCGGCUCCAUCCUCCUCACAGACCGGGGGCAGUGAGCCGGAGCUGGGGGACCAGGCGGUCCAGGUGGACUGUGUGGUGUGCGGGGACCGAGCCAGCGGCAAACACUACGGCCAGUUCACCUGCGAGGGAUGCAAGAGCUUCUUCAAGAGGAGUAUCCGGAGGAACCUCUCCUACACCUGCAGGUCAAACCGGGACUGUCAGAUUGACCAGCACCACAGGAACCAGUGCCAGUACUGCCGCCUCCGAAAGUGCUUCAAAGUGGGCAUGAAGCGAGAAGCAGUCCAACGAGGCAGGAUUCCACCAGCGCAGGCCAGCCCCGGGGAGCUCUCGCUGUCUGGGGGAGACCACCUGAAUGGAGGCAAUAUCUCGGGACUUAUCUCCCUGCUGCUGAGAGCAGAGCCGUACCCCACAUCUCGCUUCAGUACCCAGUGCAGCCAGUACAACCUCAUGAGCAUUGACAACAUCUGUGAGCUGGCAGCCAGGCUGCUGUUCAGCGCCGUGGAGUGGGCCAGGAACGUCCCGUUCUUCCAUGAGCUACAGAUCUCCGACCAGGUGGCACUGCUGCGGCUGAGCUGGAGUGAGCUGUUUGUGCUGAAUGCCGCCCAGUCGUCCCUUCCUCUUCACAUGGCUCCCCUCCUGGCAGCCGCUGGCCUCCACUCCACGCAGAUGUCUGCGGAUCGAGUGGUUAGCUUCAUGGACCAGAUCCGAAUCUUCCAGGACCAGGUGGAAAAGCUCAAGGUUUUGCAGGUCGACUCUGCCGAGUACAGUUGCCUGAAGGCCAUUGCCCUGUACACGCCAGGUGGUUUCAGCUCCCUGAAUUGUUGGUCCAGGAACAUAGUCCCCGUUAUUUCAUCUCUUUCAACGCCUCUGGUCUCUCCGAACCUGCACACAUUGAGAGCUUGCAGGAGAAGGUUCAGGAGUCACUGGCUGAGUAUGUACGAUGUCAGUACCCUCCGCAGCCCCAGCGCUUUGGUAAGCUGCUCUUACGACUCCCGGCAUUACGGGCAGUGCCGGCCUCCCUCAUUGGACAACUCUUCUUUAUGAGGCUGGUGGGCAAGACACCCAUCGAGACCCUAAUCAGAGACAUGCUCCUGUCUGGAGGUUCCUUCAACUGGCCUUACAUGCCAACUCAAUGACGAGCCUGAUUCCUAACGGGUUCCAACUAGACUGUUACUGGGCACUGCCAAGUAUGCCAUCUAGCAUACGUGAGAUUAAACUGGAUCAAUUGACUUCAGGCACUAACUAGAUCCUGGGAUGCAGUAUUUAAAUGAGUACUUUGCUUUUUUUUGUUUGCGAAAAGACAUUACGCCAAAAUGUGAUAAUGUUUCAUGGAAUAGCCGCUGUUCCUGGAUGAUGCGAUGUUACAGGCAGAGAUGCUUGUGAAUUGUAUGCCCCCUCCCCCGUCCGCCACACACCCACACCAACCCCAGGUUGGGAUGAGGGAAAUAUUCAGCCUGAUGACUGUCCUCUGGCUUCAGGAGAAGGUAUCCAGGCCCAAUUGAGUGUAGGAUUGACCCCAGCGCUGUCUACCCAAUUUACCGUCUUCCUUCACUCAUGAGGAUUGGCUGAGUGGACAGAGGUCCCUGGAGGCUCCUGAUCCAAAAUGAGAGAACCCACUGGGAAGGUAGAGGCAUCAGAUUUCAUGCAGCGAUUUGAUUUAACAAAUGGGCAAGCCUCACCUUCAGUGGAAUCACAUAAUUAAGAAGUUUUGGCUGCAUGAUAAAGAAGUGGGCAGUGUUUGGUUGUGCACAUGUUUGGUGACGUUUGAGAGCAGUGUUGGAAGGGGACUAGAUUACUCAGUCUUUAAUUCAUAACGCAGUCCAAGGUGGAGAAUGUCACAUUGUCACACCCCUCCUCAUUGUCCCAACAUGCUCUGCCCCUGCCAACCUUGAGGAGCACUUCACAAUUCCCACGUACGGGAGGUUUUCACACCCAGACAUUAGAAGAAGGAAACAAAGGAUUGAGAUUGCAGCAUUGUUUAAAAAGCAAUUGGAGAAGUAUUUCAAAAUGAAAGCGAUGCUAAGGAAAAAGCAAUGAAAUAGAAUCACAUUAAGACCCCAUACUAGCCAAUUGAGGUGGGAAGGAUGCCUAUUUUUCCUGUGCUGUAAUAUUUCAGAAUUCUGGUCAAAUUGCUUGCAUCUCCUAUAGCUCACAUCCUCCUGGAGCUCCUUUCAGAGUCACCUUUCAAAAUCUAGUCCUGAUAUUGAACAAUAGCAUCAUAUUCAUUGUGAGUGUAUCCUUUAACUGUACCUUCUAGUUUGUGUGACAUAGCCUCCUGAUUUAAUUGACUGUCUUGUUGCAAUAAAAUAUUUUGAAUCUUU